AUGGCUUAUCAUAUGAACAAGGAGGAUGCUACACUCAGCAAGCUUCAAGUACUUUUGAAGACCACCGAAAGUGGUCUCAAAAGUAAAUCGGUUGUUACUACUCCUACUCCUAACACCGCCUCUGUUCUGGAAAUCGAGCAACGUAGAGGGAAAAAGAGGAAGACCCAUUUGAAGGGUACCAAGGGAAAUUCUCUUGAUGGUUCCACUUCGAGUGGAACCAAAGGUGGUUUUUUCACUCCUUCUUCCACCCCAAAAGAAGCUGAAUGCUUCUAUUUUCAUGAUAAGGGGCACUGGAAAUCAAAUUGCCCCAAGGCCUAA